AUGAUUAGUAAAAUAGUAACAGCAAUAAGUUUACUAGUUAUAGUAGUUAACAUUACUGAUUGUGUUUAUGUUAGAAUUUCUAAUUAUGAUUCAAUACAAUUUCCAUUAACACAAUUUUGGAAGUUUCCAAUCAAGACAACUCAAUUUGAAUGCAAAUGUGAUUAUGACCAUGGUCAAUCUGUUAAUUCAAUCAAAUUGUUGUUUAAUGAUAAAGAAAUUGUUAGCAUAGACACCACCAAAGUUGAUAGUAAACCGGAAUUGAUCAAAAUAUUUGACAAAAAUUUGACAAAAGUUGAUAUAAAGAAAGCAAUUUUUUCAAAGCCAUGCAAACUAACUGUCCCAUUGAUAGACGUGAGCCGUGAUUCAGAGGGAAAAUACCAGUGCCAAGUAAACUACUCCCCGAGUAAAGAACCGGUCAAAUCGCUUAUGUAUUACGAAACGACCCGUUGGUCUAACAAUAGUUUCUAUUUUAUUGAAUACCACAGCAAUGCCGUCGCUGUUAAACUUUCAAUGAUUUUAACUAUUAUUUCAAUUUUACUGUUUGUUUUCACAAAUUGA